AAGAAUAAAUAAUUAAUAUAAGUACGGUAAAACGUACAAGAAGAAAUAAUAUGUUUUAAGCAUUCUUUUCAGUAGUGAAAAAUGGUUGAUAUUGAUGAAGAUGAAGGGGGAUUGACGGGAUUGUUUAUCCUAAUUAUUCUUAUAUGGUUUAUCUCCUUAUGUGUCCUCAUCUUUAUUAUUGUUGUGACAUUACAUCAUGAGAACAUAGUUUAUGGUGUUUAUUUGAUUAUAGUAUGGGUGCUUACGUUUUGUAUUGCGAUCUUCACUAUGUACACUUUUAAACUUGAAAAUUUUGGCCUAACAGUUGUGCUCGGUGCAGUUAUAUAUGUGAUGUUGUGUUUCCAAAUGUUGAGCCUUACUUAUGUUUGUGACGAAGUGGAUAUAGAUCUGAAAGCAGGCGAUGUUGUCAACAAACACUGGCGAGCUGAAGUGGAAAAGCCUGGAAGCAUGGAUGAUUUUCAAUCAGAGUUCCGUUGUUGCGGCAAAUACGGUGAAAUGGACUACCGUUUGUUGCAACGUGAUGUGCCAGCUUCCUGUAACCAAUCAGAAUUUCAAUAUUACGGACAAGGUUGUUUAGACCAAUAUCUUGACUGGUGUUUAGAAUAUUUUUAUAUAUCUGAGUUUGGUGAACACUUAAUGAUAGUAACAAAUACUUUCGCGUUUGUGGUAACCAUAUUUAUGGCAAAAUAUUUUCAUAUGAAAUAUUUUGAAGACGGCAUUUAAUUCAGCAUUUAAUCUUUUUGUGAAUAUUUUUCAAACUUUUUUGCAGUUCCAAAAACACUUUUCAAGACUAAAUACACUUUGAUAUGGAUUAAUGUGAUCACACGUUUUUUAAAGUUUAAUAUAUUUGGAAUAAAAACAUAUUUUUUAACAUUUAA